CUUUGGAUUUGCCAACAUUGUAUUGUACGUUGAUUUUCUGAUAUUACAGAAUUAGUACAGUAGGCCCCCCUUACGCGGUUUUGCUUUCCGCAGUUUCCAGGACAUCCCGGCAGCUUCGGGUCUGGAAGCAGAUGCUCCUCCUUCUGACGAAUCAUCAGAAGGUCAAUAGUAGCCUAACUUUACCUCAGAGUGCUUACGUCACUCACCCCGCUUGUCUCCUUACGUAGGCGUCUUACCAUCUCCCGACGUGGCAAGAAGGAAUCAUCUGUUGGCUGUGUUCUCCGUGGAGCUUUGUUUCUAGCUGUUCUCUGACCAAGGGCUUGUUCUGUGCAGCUCAGCUCUCAUCCUCUUUGUUCAGCCUCUGGCUUCAACCACUGAAUCACAAAUAUUCUCCAGCUGGGAAUCAGACAAGGGCAGACAUGAACCCAGAAGCCCAACAGGAUGUUUCAGUUUCCCAGGGACUUCGCAUGAUGGUUUAUAUGAUGAAGCCCAAUGAAACGUCAUUCCAAACCCUGGAAGAGGUGCCUGAUUAUGUAAAGCAGGCAACCCCAUUUUUCAUUUCCUUAAUGCUUCUUGAACUGGUCGUCAGCUGGAUUCUCAAAGGGAAACCACCAGGUCGUUUGGAUGAUGUAUUGACAUCAAUAUCAGCCGGCAUUUUUUCUCGGCUUCCAAGCUUGUUUUCUAGGAGCAUCGAACUGACCACUUACAUUUAUAUCUGGGAGAACUACAGGCUCAUCAGUUUGCCUUGGCAUUCUCCAUGGACUUGGUAUUUAACUUUCUUAGGAGUUGAUUUUGGCUACUACUGGUUCCAUCGCAUGGCCCAUGAGGUUAAUAUCAUGUGGGCUGGACACCAAACCCACCACAGUUCUGAAGACUAUAACUUAUCCACAGCACUGAGACAAUCUGUUUUCCAAAUAUAUACUUCCUGGAUAUUCUACUCUCCCCUGGCCCUCUUUGUACCACCUUCAGUAUAUGCUGUUCAUCUUCAGUUCAAUCUUCUCUACCAAUUUUGGAUCCACACAGAGGUCAUCAAUAAUCUUGGUCCUUUGGAACUGAUUAUUAAUACUCCUAGCCAUCAUAGGGUUCAUCACGGCAGAAACCGUUAUUGCAUUGACAAAAAUUAUGCCGGUGUUCUUAUUAUAUGGGAUAGAAUUUUUGGGACAUUUGAGGCAGAAAAUGAGAAAGUUGUAUAUGGUCUAACACAUCCCAUUAAUACAUUUGAGCCAUUCAAGGUGCAGUUCCACCAUUUAGUUUACAUAUGGACUACAUUCUGGGCCACACCUGGAUUCUUCAACAAGUUUUCUGUCAUAUUUAAAGGACCAGGAUGGGGUCCAGGUAAACCAAGACUUGGACUGAAUGAAGAAAUCCCAGAGGUCACGGGGGAAGAAGUUCCCUUCUCAUCAUCGGUGUCUCACCUACUAAGGAUCUAUGCAGUUGCACAGUCUGCUUUGAUGCUAGCAUUUUAUGAAGAGACCUUUGCGGAUAAAGCUGCACUAUCACAGGUCACACUCCUUCUGAGAGUUGCCUUCAUUAUCCUGACAUUGACCUCCAUUGGAUUUCUUCUGGAUGAAAGACCUAAGGCAGCUGUUCUGGAAACUUUCCGUUGCUUGGUAUUCCUCAUGUUGUAUCGAUCUGGUCAUCUGAAGCCUUUCAUUCCUUCUUUGUCAUUUGCCUUUGAGAUUUUUUUUUCCAUCUGCAUUGCUUUCUGGGGAGUCAGAAGCAUGAAAGAACUUGCCUCCAGCCUUUGGAAAUAAGUUUGUAUUCAGUUCUUUUGUUUUAAUCAGUUGUCCACAACCACAGUUUAUUAUGAUUGUCUCUGGAAAUAUAAUUAUAUAAUGAUUAUAUGAACCAUUUCUUUAAUCAAAGGUUAGGGUUAUUUACUUAUGCUUGCUUUCCAUUUUUGUUUUCUAUUAAAAUUAAAGUCAGCUGCAGUUCCUUUCCUUUAUUGCUAGGGUCAAAAGCAAGUAACUUCAAAUACAAUAAUGUUAUAUUUACUGGUAGCGUCUAAGUCAAUGAGUAUAAGAAAAGGAAGGGAGAAAACUUAAAAAGAACGAAGAUUUAAUUUGCGUUUUUUGACAACUUCUGUUUACUAAAAUUGUACUUAGAUAAAUAUUUGUUCUCACAAAAAUGUAUUACAUUAGUUGUCUGCCUAAGUCUAUAUUUACCUUUGAAAACCACAUAACCUAAGGAGCUACAUUUGAAAAAGACAUCACUGAAAUGAAAAUGAAGAGAAUUGGUCAGAGUAUGUGUAUUCAACAGUUAAUACCGAUGUCUAAUAUGUUUGAUCUGUUUGUUUUGGCAAUAUGAAGAGCAUGCAGUACAAGUAUCCCCUGCUUUUCAAAAGCCUGCGUUAUGCUUCACUUUUAUGCAUUAUGAAAGACCUACAAUAGUACCUGUUUUCACUAACUGGAAGAAAUUUUCACUUUUACAAAAAAAGUCAGAUCUUUCAUAAACCUAUAAUUUCAGAAACCUGUAGUUCCAUGUUACAGGUUUCCCCUGUUAUCUGAAAUAGAGCCUUCUUAUGAAACCUUCCAUAAGCCAAAAUGGUACAAAGUGAAAAAGCAAUUACCAUUCAUUUAUAUGGAAAGAUUUUGAGCAUUCCCAGACCCCCAAAAAAAUCUCUCAUAGGUUGUUCUGAUACCUUAAGACUCAUCUUGCUAAUGGGUGAAGAAAAAUAAAUCAGAAUAAAGCACAGAUGCUCAAAGACACAGUUCAAAGCUAUGGCAGGUUGGUGCUGAGAGGCUGAGGGUAUUUCCCUGGGAAGGAGCUUGACCCAGCCACUCUCACUGCUCGAAGUAUGUGUGGCCUCCAGAACUGCUCGCUGCAAAACAAAUGCUGAAUGCUAUUUUUGCUUUUCACUUUUUUUCAUAGAAGCAGAAAUUUUCUUCAUGUUUCUUAUUGGUUGGGAAAAUGGGUACUAAUACAGGUCUUUCGUAAAACUGAGGUGGCUUAAUUAAUGCAUAAUUUCAAAAACUGGGAGAUACCUGUAUUUUAAAUUGUCACAAUGAUGUUAAUAAACCUUUCUGAAUAAAUAUGUUCUAAUU